AUCAGAUCAGAUCAGCAGUCACGCUUUAGGCAGCCAGUGAUCAGUAAAGCCGCAGCUCAGGUCAGGACUGGCAAAGGAGAUGUAAUUAGGGAUGGGCUCAGGGGUUUCAUCACCCAGACCCCCCACCACACCUGCAGCCCAGCCGGACAAAUGUACAACCGCUCCAAUGUCUGGGAAUGAAGAGCGCACUUUCAUCGCCAUCAAGCCGGAUGGGGUGCAGAGGGGACUCGUCGGAGAAAUCAUCAAGCGCUUCGAACAGAAAGGAUUCAAGUUAGUGGCAAUGAAGUUAAUCCAGGCAGAUGAGGAUCUUCUUAGACAGCACUACAGUGACCUGAAGGAUCGGCCUUUUUUCCCUGGACUUGUCAGUUAUAUGUCUGCUGGUCCUGUGGUUGCAAUGGAACAUUAUUCACGGCAGUGAUUCUGUGGAAAGUGCCAACACUGAGAUCAACCUGUGGUUCAAACCAGAUGAGAUCUGCGAUUACACCAAAUGUCAGGAAAGCUGGAUCAACAGCUAAAUGCUUCCUUCUUUUCCGGCACAUUUCUCCCUUUCUAGUGUUUCUCCAUUAAUGUACACUUCCCCCCCACCACUGUUUCUGGUGUCUGUCUUUACAAUAAAACCAAAAAUCAUUUCUACCCCAUAAGUUGGAUGGCACAGUUUCUGGUUUUACAAACCAAAAGUUAUGACAGCAGUCACACAAUUCAAGAACUGAUCUCUUGAUGCUUUAUCAUUUAUUAAACAUAAUACUUCAAGUAGUUCAAAUA